CGGAGUUCCGGCGGGAUUACCGGAAGUGCUCCGCGGCAUUGUACGGGUUAUCGGUGGUUGUCGCUUCGUGUUUAAUGUUAACUAAAUAAACUCUGGGAUUUGCUUUUUAGAUUUCUUCCUAAGAAAAUAAAGAGAUUUAAUAACCCCGGGUUUGGAGGAGACUGGAUUGCACAACGGCGUGUUAGGAUAUCAUGGAGUAAAUGCGCUUGUUUUGCGCAGUUAAGUACUUUUGUGAGGAGUUUUCCCCGCUGUUGCUAUGCUAAGCUAUAUCAAAAUAAUUACACCGCCUUCAGCGCGCGGCGCCGUUUUACAGUUUUAGACUCCGGCAGCGUUCAUUUAACAUCCACAUUUCUGUGCGAGGAGAUCGGGAUUUAGGGACUGUUUUAGUUUCAGGUCGUCAGGGGUGUGUGUGCGCGAGCGCGCGCGGCUGAGGGAUUAGCGCAGCUCUGUAACUGACGCAGAGUGAAUCGGAACCGGAAGCCGGUGUCGGUUCUUGUCUCAGCCUCGGGGGGGGUGUGUGUGUGUGUGUGUGUGUGUGUGUGUGUGUGUGUGUGAGUGUGAUGAUGAACGGAUUCAGCACGGAGGAGGAGAGCCCUGAGGGCCCGGGUUUGACCCCGCUGUUCCCGCAGAGCUGCUGCUGUCUGCUGGAGGGAGGAGAGCGCUGCGGCCGCCCCGCCGGAAACGCCUCCUUCAGCAAGAGGAUCCAGAAGAGUAUAUCUCAGAAAAAACUCAAACUGGACAUCGACAAGAGUGUCAGACACCUGUACAUCUGCGACUUCCACAAAAACUUCAUCCAGAGUGUACGCAACAAGCGGAAGAGAAAAACCAGCGAUGAUGGAGGAGAGUCUCCUGAUCACGAUGUCGAAGUUCCCGAGGUGGAUCUGUUCCAGCUGCAGGUGAACACACUGCGCCGUUAUAAACGACAUUACAAAAUCCAAACCAGACCCGGACUCAACAAGGCCCAACUGGCAGAGACGGUGAGUCGUCAUUUCCGGAACAUUCCGGUGAAUGAGAAGGAAACGCUGACAUACUUUAUUUAUAUGGUGAAGAGCAGUAAGAGCCGACUGGACCAGAAAUCAGAGGGAAGUAAACAGCUGGAGUAACACACUGACGCCUUUCAGUGAACGGACACACACACACACACACACACACACACACACACACACACACACACACACACACGUCUCUGCUGACGUACUUAAUGACUGCUCACACUUUAGCAGAUUUCAGUGUGAAUAUUAAUCUGUUUAUUUACACACGCUCAGUAAUGAGAUCAGCGCUGUGGGCGGAGCCUGUCUGUCUGUCUGUCUGUCUGUCUAAUGCCCCCGAAGUGCUUUUUGGUUCCUCAUGUCAACUGUUUUUCUCUGGUUUCUGUGUUAAACCCAUGAAUGAUCACAGGAGGAUUUAGCUGAGUUGUUUUGUGAAUUGUUUUGAUUCGCUUCUUAACAUUAACACUGAACACCACUCUCACUUCAGAUGGAUAAUUAACCCUUUCCUUUAGCAUCCUGUCUCUUGGAGAACUUUUAUUUGUCCCCUGAUUUAGAGCUGAGUCACAGCUCCUCUCUUCUCCUCUCCUCCAUUCUGUUCUCCUCUUCUCCUCCUCUGGCGUUUUCUUUGUUGCUAAACAAGUAAUUUUUUCUGUCUGAAUGCUCUCACGUGACAAUAACUCACUGAACAUUUUAUCACCAUCUACGAUACUGUCGCAAUGUUGUAUUUUAAAACGAACGUGUGUUUUUCUGUAUUUCUUCUCACUGGACAGCAGUUUAACCUUACAUGGACUUGUUUCAUUCAGGACUUCCUUAAAGAGGCGGGGCUACAGUUCUGUGUUUUUAAACCUGAAAAUAAACACAUGCUACUUUAAAUCUGUCUAAAAUAACGAUCUGUUGUGUAACACAGCUUUACUCACACCACUUCGUCUUAAGAUGUUCCCUGUCUUAAAUGAUGCGGUAUAUCAUACAACUUUAUCGGAAAAUGAUAAAUUAUUAAUGAGAUGAUUAAAAUAUGUGAAGUGGAGUUAGGAUGUGAUUAUAUAUUUAAUAAAACGAAAUGUAGUUGUA